UUUUGUGUGUGUAGAAAAGGAUUCAGUCCUUAUUCUUUUUUAUGUAUUUAUUUUGUAGUUGUUAUAGAAUUUUUCUGGUUCUUAGACCUUACAAGCAGUCAUUGUUUGACUUCCUGAAAAGUGCAGUUCAUCAUGAAGUUGGAGGUGCCUGAAACCUUUGAAGAUGUUGCUGUUGAGUUUUCAGGAGAGGAGUGGGAAAUGCUGAGUAAACCAGAGAAAGAGCUACACAAGGAGGUGAUGGUGCAGAACUAUGAGAACAUGAUUUCUGUAGGGUAUGACAUCCCAGUGGACCAUCUUUGGUUAUAUAUUAAGAACUUUGAGACAGUUUCACCUUGUGACACCAAAGCAGGAAUGAUGGUGCAGCAAAUACUGGUUCCUGGUACCAGAACCAGCAUCAUCGGGAGUGGAAAUUUCCCUGAGACCCAGGAUCUGCAAUCAACUCAUGGAAAAUACCAGGAUUCUGAAUGUGACACAAUUCUUCCAGAUAAGAUGUCAGUCUCGAGACAAGAUGAUACAGUGCAGUCUGAAACCAGAACUGAUAACCGUAAGGAAAGUAAUGAGAGGUUUAUCAAAACAACUGAACAAGAAAUGCAUCUGCAAACUGAAGCAGGGGAAAUACCAUGCCGUUGGCUUAAUCACAGCAACAAUGUAACAUUUUGUAGUAACAACUUAACUGAUCAAGUAAGGCACAGAUGGAAAAAGCAGAAGAUCUUGGCACCAAAUGAGCAAGUGUUCAACGGAAAUAAACUGCAUAAAUGUGCCACAAAUGACAAGGGUUUUACUGACCAACAAUAUGGAGGAGUAAGCAAGGUUGUGCCUACUGGGCAUCAGCCUUUUAAAUGCAAAGUGUGUGACAAAAGUUUUGCAGAGAAGUGUAAUAUGAAAAAACAUCAGUUUCUGCACAAGAAAAAACUAUACAAAUAUUCCACAUACCACAAGGACUCGAUCCCUAAUGAUUUGGCAGUGCUUCGGACUAUCGGAAAUAGACAGAAAACAUAUAAAUGUGUCAAACGUGGCAAGAGUUUUACAGAAAAGGCUAGCAUGGUAAAACAUCACAAUAUUCAGAGUUUGAUCUCUCAAGAUAUGAAAAAACCUAAAUACCUUGAAGAAAUUAAACAAAGGGAGCAACCCUAUAAAUGUACUACAUGUGAUGAAAGUUUUAGAUACAAAGUCAUUAUGUUAAAUCACCAGGGAAUUCACAGAGGGCAAAAGCCAUAUAAAUGUGGUAUGUGUAACAAGAGCUUUAGUAAACAAAGCAACAUGAUAUGUCAUCAAAGUACUCACAUGGAGCAGAAACCAUAUCCAUGCACAAUCUGUGGCAAAAGCUUUGUGCAGAAGAGUCACUUGGUGACUCACCAGAGAAUCCACAGUGGGAAGAAACCAUACAAAUGCCCAGAGUGUGAUGAGGAUUUUUACUACAAAAGGACUGCAGUAAGCCAUCAGAGCAAACACACUGGUGAAAAACCCUAUAAAUGCACCAUGUGUGAUACGGGUUUUAGUGACAAAAUCACCAUGCUGCGUCACCAGAGCCUCCACAGUGGGCAGAAACCAUAUCAAUGCACCAUGUGUGACAAGAGACAUGAAGCUUUGUUAGCUGCAUGA